AUGUCAUCUCUUGAUGCGGCCACCGCUGGAGCACCAAAGAGUUGUGCUUUCCCUGAAGCUGUAGAGCCCACUUCGUCGGUCCCCUUCCAGGAUGAAGUUGCCUGGACUAUCCGCCUGAAGGACUACGUUACGGUAGCCUGCCAUAGGUAUCAGUUGUUGUCGGCAUUCAUGAUGGCGUUGAUGGCGCUUCUGAUAGCCUUCAUUAUCCACGGGGACGCAUUCGGAUGGCUACAACAGAAUAGUGCAGUGGCUACUACGAUGGCCGUAUUCGCGUUCUUCAUCCGACGUUCCUUCUUUUCCACCAGGAGCGUCUACUGUAUAGAUCAUUGCGAGUUCAAUCCACCUGAUGAGUGGAAAGUCUCUCGUGCUGAGAUCAUCAAGAUCCUCUCAACUGAUAAGAAUCUGUCCCCAGAGAGUCUCGCCUUCAUGAAAAGGCUUCUUAGCAAGUCGGGGACCAGCGACAAAACGGCGUUCCCGCCGAACCUCACCGGCGAGCGCUGGUCGGCCACUCUGGAGGAUUCGCGUGAAGAAGCCGAGACGGCCAUGGGUGAGGCCUUACGAGGUUUGAUGGAUAAGACGGGAAUUACGGCAAGGGACAUCGAUGUUCUCAUCAUCAACUGUUCCCUCCUGUCCCCCACACCAUCUCUCUGUGCUCUACUAGUCAGUAAAUUCGGCAUGCGCAGUGAUAUACUCACCUACAAUCUCUCUG